AUGAACGCCAUGCAUGCAAUUAUUUGCUGUGUCAUAGCUAUGCUGCUUUUUGAUGUUGUCGUAGCUAUCAACGUUUACGUCGUCUCGAAAGCCACCCCCGCCAUAUCUGCAAAGAAUCGCGACAAUGACUUGAAUCGCGUUAAGAUGGCGACCCGCCGCCGGUUAAGAGGGCAGAUACUUGCGACACAAAAGGAAACACUUCAAGAUGAAGAAAGGUUCGAUCUUGAUAUUAAAAGCGGAGAAGACCCUGGAGCAUCUUUUCCAUUUUCCCGUCCUUAG